AUGGCCAAAAUCAUUGCUCAGUGUCACAAGAUCAUUGAGGACGAGACUCUGUGUCGUUCCUCGCAGGUUCUUUCAGUCGUUGGUGAUCAAGCCUACAUCUUUGGUGGUGAGCUGCGACCGCGCGAGCCUCGAGACAAUGAUGUCCAUGCCGUCUCAUUGGACAACAAUAAAACCAGUAUCAAGUCCAUUCCUGCGACGUCCCAAUCUCCCUCGCCGCGUGUUGGAACUGCCACUUGUACACUGAACGGAAAGAUCUAUAUCUUCUCGGGCCGAGGCGGCGUGGCGAUGGCACCAAUUGAGGAGCAUGGUGCUGUCUGGGAAUUAAACCCUUCAACUGCAAGCUGGAGAUUCAUCUUGCCAUCACAAUCAAUCGCGAAGACAUUCCCCGUCGCUCGCAGUUAUCACUGUAUGACCAGUGACGGCCGGGAUACCCUUUACUUGCAUGCCGGUUGCCCCGAGAGUGGAAGAUUAUCGGACCUAUGGGCCUUCAGCGUCUCCCGGGGUGAAUGGACUGAGCUUCCUCCCGCACUUGAUCCUCCCCGUGGAGGUGCUUCGAUCGCAUUCGCAGAUGGCAAGUUGUAUCGCAUGAAUGGGUUCGAUGGAAAUACCGAACAGGGAGGAAGCGUGGAUGUCUAUCUCCCCGAGACCUCUUCUUGGACUUCGCACACUUACUCGCCCGAUGGCAAGGCAGGUCCCGGGGCACGAAGUGUGAGCUCAUUGCUGCCGCUUUGUCUUGACGGCCGGUCAUUCCUUGUCACGUUGUUUGGUGAGCGUGACCCCAGUUCUUUGGGCCACCAAGGAGCAGGGAAGAUGUUGAGCGAUGUGUGGGUGUUCGACAUUGAGAGAGGCCUAUGGGAAGAAGCUGUGCUUCAAGGAGAUGGGCUACCUCUCGCACGGGGCUGGUUUGAUGCGGAUGUCGCCGGUCCAAAUGCCAUUGUGGUUCACGGUGGGUUAGGGGAAUCAAAUGACCGAUUGGGAGACAUGUGGACCAUCGAGCUGUCUCGAUCUGAGUGA